AUGAUGCGCGAGAGCCACAAAUUGCCCGAGUUUUUGUGCAAUCAUCCUGUGACCGCUGUAGGUCCAAAUACACAACAAAGUCAAGUUGCGUGCCUUUUAUUUCCAAAAAAAGUGAUGGAUAUGGGGGUGACGACGUAUGAAGGAGAUUAUGUGAAAUAUUCAAUUAAUUCUCGGUUGAAGAGGACAAUGGUGCCGCAGACAAACAUAACAGCAGGGCCGCGAGAGACUGGGGGAACAACAACAUAUCGUGAAAUGAUCAAUCCAGUGAUAAGGGCCAUUCGACGCCAUGAGGUACAGCGGACUUUUCCUUUGAAGCCUAUCGAGAGAAAGCUAAGUAUUGCAGUUGCUGGGUCUUCUUCAGAGUACCGGGAUGCAUUUAGAAAGAAACCUCUUGUAUUGGAGCUACAUGUAAAGCCAGCUGCGAGAAUUAAUACCAUUCCAUUUCGAGGGACAACUACAAUGAAGAGUGAUUUCAAGUUCAUAAAGCAAAAUCCGUCCGCUUCAAAACCAAAUGAAAAAAUAGGAGUAACACCUGAGAGUCGAAAUUUUAGAACAACGUACCAUUCGUAUUAUAAAAAGCCUCUUUACCCACUUCCUUCCGCUUUUGCAACCUACAUUAGACCAUGGACAAGCAAGUGUGACUGA